AUGAGCCUCAGCCCCAGCUCAGAGCCACUGAUUCGAGUCGGAUCUCGCCUUCCUGGGUCCAAAGGCUCACCAGGAACAGCUUCCCAAAGUGGGGCCGGCCGGGGGCUGGGGAGAGGACCUGGUUUGGAGAUGUCAGCGAUCCUGGUCAAGGUCUCCGCACUGAUUAUUCUCGGAGUUGCGGCGGGGUGCUGUGAGGAGGAUGACCGAAUUGUUGGCGGUUCGGAGUGUGUUCCACACAGUGUCCCGUACCAGGUCUACAUCCGGAAUUUCCGCAGGCCGUGGUGUGGAGCCUCCCUCCUCAACGCUCACUGGAUCCUAACGGCAGCUCACUGCUACAUUCGGCCCAAGGUGUUGAACGUGUGGGUUGGGGCCCACGACCUAUCGGUGGAGGAAAGCUCCCGGCAGUCCCUCAGGGUGAUCCGAGCAAUCCGGCAUCCUGGCUACGAUUACGGAACCACGGACAACGACAUCAUGUUGCUGAAGGUCUCUCCCGCCGUCAGGUUCAACGACAACGUCCGGCCCGUCCAACUGCCCGGCUCCUGUUCCCGUAACGGCACCCGGUGCCUGGUCUCUGGGUGGGGCAACACCGCGAUCGAUGGAGAGGCGUACCCGAACCGGCUGCAGUGCCUGGACGUGCCCAUCCUGUCAGACGCCGAGUGCCGGGCCAGCUACGGCGACUCGCUCACCCCCAACAUGUUCUGUGCCGGAUUCCUGGAAGGAGGGAAGGAAGCAUGUCAGGUUGACUCGGGGGGCCCGCUGGUGUGUGAUGGGGUCCAACGGGGGAUCGUCUCCUGGGGCCUGGACUGUGGACGGCCUGGUUACACCACCAUCUACACCAAGCUGUGUAACUACACCGCCUGGAUCAACGAGACCAUCACGGCCAAUUAA